AUGGCAGCGAGCAGCGGACCAUCGCGAAAGAAUGGUUUUUUGUUGUUAAGCGAGGAUGCAUUGUCAAGUGACCACAUGCUACGCAACCAGCCGCUUAUCAAUCUUUCAGACCAUAUCCACGAUGAUGCCGCCGACACCGCUCUGACAAUCCGUGAAGGUGUCAUACCCUCGAUGUGGUCGCUUCUGCCUGCGGCAUGCCUCACCAUGGCUCUGGAGAAUACCAAAAUGUCCGGUGAUAUGGGUAUUGGCAAUGGACCAGCGCCUAAUUCAAUGAACACUAGGAAGCGGCCGCUUACGGAUGCAUCGAUGGAGAUGAACACUCCGAAACGCGAGUACUACCAAAACUUCCAGACCUAUCAAUACAUGAAUAUGAUGACUCCACCACCGAUGUUCCACUCAACCCCAUUCUCGAUGCGAGGCGAUGAGAAUCAACCGCCCCCUCAGUUCAUGGCCGGGGAGUUCUGCCAACCGAUCGCUUUCCCUUCGUACACACCUUUCAGCUGCUCGUCGGCGAACUCGUCCGUCUUGUCGAACUCGUCCAGCAACGACUCUGGGAUUAGUGGUGGUUCGUCGUCAUCAAGUUGCGAGACCUCUCCAUCUACAUCAUCUGAACCCAAGUCCAAGGACGAUGAAGUGCUCUUCCAAGUGCCCAGCCGUCUUAAUCACAUCAGCAAGAACAAAGUAACCCUAGCCGAGCUGAAGCGACGAAUCGCCGCUCCGGAAUGCCUCAACAGCAGCUUCCUUGGAAUCUACCUCAGACUGGCAAAGACCAAGGAAGUGGGCAAAGAGCUGAGAGAUAACCUAGCAAAACAUGGAAUUUCAUUGCCAUCUGGUAGACGAAAAGGAGUUCAAAACACUGUGUUCACAUGCUUAGUCGAAGAGGAAGCUACUCAGCUGGGACGUGAUAUGCACUCUCUGGUUCAACAACAUUAUCCUGUCCGACCGUUGAUCGACAUGGCUGCUCGUAAAUCAGUCAGCCAUCCAGACGAGCGGCGCAGGGAUCUCAUCGGAGCAAUAAGGAUCCUCGAUGAACUGAACGGGAUGUUUAACGAGCUUCAAACUCCGUUAGGUGUUCGUAUCCAAAACAAUAUCCCAAUCCAUCAUGAACUCGAAGUUGGAAUGAACCAUUUUAGUUUGAUAACUCACACCUUUGGUCCUAUUAAUCAGUCCACAUGGUGUAACGCAUUUCUGAACUAUGCCAAGAUGUCACUGGCUAUGUAUCAAGGACGAAUGGAACCGAGUAACCCUCAGUAUAACCAAUGA